AUGACGAAGACGAAACGACUUUCUAUAAGAAAGAAGAAGAGAACUUGUGUCAAAUCUCUUCAACAUCAACAACAACAAUCGUUUUCUUCAACAAAUUCAAUUAUAAUUGCAGAACCUGACUUUGAGUUUUACUUACCAGAUGAGUGCUGGGAGCAUGUCUUCACAUUCCUCGUCAACCCGGUCAAGCCGGUCAAUCCGUUGGCUAUCAUCAAGCCGUCUAACCCGUUUCAUGUCUUCCCAUUCCCCACGGACCCCGUAUACGGCAAAAUCAAAGACAAAUACAAACGCAAUUUUGAAUCUCUAUCUCUCGUCUCAAAACACUUCCUCGCCCUCACCAACCGUCUCAUAUUUUCUCUCAAAAUAUAUUUUCCACAACUUUUUUAUCUCCCCCGUUUCUUCCAUAGAUUCUCCAACCUUAAUUCCCUUGACCUCUGGUUCGCCUCCCAUUAUCUCGAUGCAGGCCUUGCCUUGGCUCUCCGUGACAGAUCAUCAUUGAGAUCUUUAUCUAUUUCCAUGUUUGAGUUAAAUGAUGCAAAGUAUGUAACUUCUCAUUACAUUGAUUCCUUACUGAGUUUGAAGUGUUUGAAUUCUCUUAAGUUUUGCUGUUCACAAAUCUCGGAUGAUUUGCUUUACUCUAUUGCAAGACAAGGCCUUCCUUUAAAGACUUUUGUUCUUGAAAAUUGCACCGGCUAUAGUUUCCAUGGAAUUUAUGAUUUAUUAUCUAAGUGUCGCGGGAUAAGAUAUUUGGGUCUUCAAGGUGUUGAUUUUCUAAAUAAUCAUCAUGUCUUCCAAUUGUUUUUGCUUGUUCCAGAUUUAGUAUCUAUAAACCUUAGUAAAUGUUCCAAGCUCACAGAAUCAGCUUUGUUCGCCCUCAUUAAGAAUUGCCAUUCACUUGGUGAGAUCACAAUGGAAAGCAUUUAUAUGGAUGAAUCCCCCAUGGAAAACAUAUAUAUUGAGAGCAAGAGUGUAGAAAAUUAUGAUAUUUUGAAAAAUUUUGAUGUCAACCCUCAAUUAAAAUUUCUAUAUUUGUUUCAAUCUUCAUUUAUAAAUGACGGGACCAUCAUAUUGUUAGCUUCAUUCCCAAAUUUGCAGCAUCUGGAUUUGAGUUUUUGCCAUAGCCUAUCUGAAAAAGGAUUGGUAACACUCAUGAAAUUAUCUUAUUUUGGUAGUAAUAGGGAUCUAGCAUUAUUGAUAUUAGUUAGUACUGUGCCUCUCCUAUUUGGAAUUGGGAAUGAGGAAUUUUCUCUUACCGUUAGAAGAAGCACAUAUGCAUUAUUCGAAUUUUUGGCAAGUUUGUCUCAUAGAAGGUUUUCUACUCUGUUGGUGGAGGCGGAAGAAUCGGGUCGCGAGGUUGGAAGCAUUUUGGAAGGGAUUAAAUUGGUGUGGAAGUUGUGGGUUCCAUCCAAAGUGAAGUACAACUAUAGUGCUACUGUAAAUGUAAUGUUGGGUGUACCUUGA